AUGUAUUAAUAACAAAAUUAAGAGUAUCCUAUUCUUAUUUGGGUUGAUAGCCAAAUCUUUAAUUGGGAGAACAAAUUAUAUUGUGAACAAUUACAAAAUGAUUACUAAAACGCAUUUCAAGCUUUUAAUGACAUGUCUCAGGCAUGUGAAUUAUUAUAAAAUAUUGGCAAUCAAGAUGUAACUAUCCUAACUAGUGGGUAAUACGCUUAUUAGCUUGUAAAACACACAAAAUAAAAUAUUAUAGUAUUUUGUGGCAGAAAAUAGAAUCAUUUUGACUUAUUCGCAAAUAAUCUCUAAAUAAAAUCUAUAGUAUCAGAUUCAUUUUAAUGUGCGCACGAAGAUGCUAUUAUGAGUAUGAAUUAAUCAGACAUCCAAAAUGAAUUCAUCAAAUUAUUUUUACCGCCAUAAAGGCAAGCAAGCGAAUAUCAACAUUCAAAAUAUCAUGUGAGCAUCUAAUUUUUAGUUGUAAUAGAAGAAUUACAAAAACACCAAAAACUUAAAAAAUCAGAAGUCUUUAAGGAAAUAGAUAAUUUGCUUUCUAUUUAAAACAAAUAAAAUUUAAAGAUCCAUAUUUUCUAAGAUUUACAUAAAAAAGAAAAAGAAAAACUAGAAUUAACAAAUUAAAAAUUCAAAUUGUUUGAGAAAUUAAUUUAUCUCUACACCAGAGAAGAGAUUUAUUAAACAUUUAACUAAUAGUUUGCUUAGCAUAAUUAUUAACAAAUUACAAAUAUCAUUCUGUGUCUUUAUAAAGGAUUUAAGAGACAUUAAAACCAAAACAAUCAAUUUAAAAUUCUUUUUAGAGGUAUAUCCUUUUUCGAAGAAGACACCUUUGAACAAAUUAUGAUAGACCUAAAUUAAUCAAAAGACGAGCAAAUUUCAUUGUUUUGGAAUACAAUUACGAGCACAUCUUUAUCUAAAGUUAUUGCUGAAACAUUUUCUUCUAAUAAUUUAUAUGGGAUACUUUACUACAUCAUUUUGGAUGAAGAAAUUCCUCAUCCUUGUUUUAAAUUACAAUAAUAUCAUUCCCAGUUUUCAUAGGAAGAAGAAGUAAUAUUAUUCCCAUAAUUUGAAUUUAUUGUCUAAGAAAUAUAAUAGCAAUAAAUUUAAAAUCAAUAAAUUUACACUGUGACAAUCAAAUAAGUUAAGAAUAACUAUGCUUUUGCACUUGAUCCACUGAUGAGAAAGACCUAUUGGGACUCAGUAGUUGAGUAGAAAAUAAAGCCUAAAAUAGACACAUUGGUGAAUUUUUAAUGUAAAAGAAUUUUUGAAUUUCUAUCAUUUUGUACAAAUGACAACCAAAUCUAAGGAUAAUAUUGGAGAAAAUUUCUCUCCAGAAUUAAAAAGGAAUUGGAAAAUGUAUUUCAAUAGAUUCAAAUUUAAUUAACUAAGAUUUUCAUUCAUUCAAACCACCCUGAUAUUUUGAGUCAAAUUAAAUAUCUUACUAGAACCUAUAUUGAAGUUGUUAAAAUUGAAUAUUAAAACUAAUUAGCUUUCAAUCAAUAUAAAUUGCUUGAAGAACAUAUUGAUGAAGUGAUGAAAUCCUUAAACUAAAUAUUUGCACAUUGGUAUUAAAAGGAAUUAUCGAUAUAGAGUAGGAAAAAGAAUAUUUGUAAUAAUUAUAAUAAAACUUCAUGCUGA